AUGACCUCCAAACCACCUGCGGCCGCCGCGGCUGAUGAAGACGACGACUACAUGAACAUGACCUUCGAAGAAACCCCAGCGUCACGUCCCAAAGAAACUCUCACACAAAGGAAGAAGCGCCUAGCUCGUGAGGCAGAGAUUAAAGGCCGACCCAAGUCCAAGGCAGAGCUGGCAGAGGAAGAACGAAAGAAGAGGGAAGAAGCACUGAACUCCACGACCAUCGACACAAGCAGUAAAGGAUUCAAGAUGAUGGCAGCGUUAGGAUACAAACCCGGCAGCGCGCUGGGUGUGUCUCGAGACCCCAAGAACGGAGACGACCGUCUGCUCGAGCCCAUAGGACUGGAAAUGAGAGACACGCGCAGCGGUAUAGGCGCGGAUGCGGAGAAAAAGCGGAAAUUUCGGGAAGAGGUGGAAGCACAACAAGAGGUCGACAAGAAGAGGAAAGUCGACGCUGGAGAGUUCCGAGAGAGGCAGCAGAAAGAACGCGAGGAGAAGAGGAUGGAGGGUCAAGCCUGGGGGGCCAUGAAGGUCUGCGAGCGAUUGGAGGAGGAGGAAGACGCCUCAGGUUCUGCUGGGGACUUGACGGAUGCCGCGAGGCGACCCACCAGUAGGCCAUUGAAGGGCGUCAAUGUGCUCUGGCGCGCUCUGGUCAAGCAGAGGGCAAUCAACGAGCGGGAUCGGAGGAUACGAUACGACCUUCAUCAAUCACUCUCGAGACGGCCGGACUACACCGAUCCCGAUGAAGAGGACGAGGACAAAAUCGCCCUGGGAAGGAAAACAGAGACUGAGGAGGUCGAUGUUGACUUGGACGAGGAAGACGAGGAGCUUGAUGAGUUCGAAGCCCUAGAGGUCUCCGAGAAGUUGACGAGGCUGGUUCACUAUCUACGGGAAAGAUGGAACUACUGCUUCUGGUGUAAGUUCAAGUACCCGGACAAGGAGAUGGAAGGAUGUCCGGGCUUGACAGAGGAAGAUCAUGAUUAG